AUGCCAGCUACCAUCAAAGCCCAUCGUGCGAGUCGUGUGAUUAUAAAAAAGGACAACAAGAAGGUGACAAAGAUUCUAGUUGGUAGGCAAGCUGCAGUCAAGAGCCACAUGUUUGUCACAGAAAUGGCAAAGAUACUUGCAGCCAAACAACAAAACGUUCCUAUCAAGGUUAAUGUGGUUGUCAAAAAUUCCAAGCAUGCCAAGAGGAUGGCUGCAUUCCACCGGAAACAAGAAGAAGAUGCUCAGCAAACCAUGCCCAUGGCAAACAAUAUUGCAUUUGUUGGACCUACCAAAGCUGAAGUGAAUGAAUGGUUUCAUGACAAAAAAGAGAAACAAGAGGAAGCUGAAUAUAUUUAUCAAGCCUUCAAGGCAUGGCACAAGUUCUCCCCUGACGAAAGCCCCCCCUUGAAUGCUUUUAUGUGUCAAUAUCUAAUGGGUGUUUCUUGCGAUGCCAAUGUGGUUAGAGCCACUUUUCGAAAUUUGAAGUUUCAGGUAACAAUUGAACCACAUUUGAUAAGAAAACUACCAUAA